UCUCGACGUCGCACUCCUACCGUGCAACUUACCACGCUACACCCAUCACUUCCGGUGCUUGUUUGUUUGGCUGUGUUGUUUGAAAUGAGAAACGCUGGCUGUGUAGAAACACACUUUAAAUGAUUGAAUGGCAGCUUUAUUACAUGUAGAUACACGCUGUGGAGCAAAAGGAAGGUCUAUAGACUGAACUAGAUCAACUUCUCUCUCUCUACCGGACUAUGUUCAAGAAGAUGACUGAAUUUGGUCCAGAUUCCGGGGGGCGAGUUAAGGGAAUAACCAUUGUGAAGCCCAUUGUGUUUGGCAACGUUGCCCGUUACUUUGGGAAAAAGAGAGAAGAGGAUGGACACACACAUCAGUGGUCUGUCUAUGUGAAGCCUUACAGAAAUGAGGAUAUGUCUGCUUAUGUGAAGAAGAUCCAGUUCAAGCUACAUGAGAGCUAUGGUAACCCACUGAGAGUUGUGACUAAGCCUCCAUAUGAGAUUACAGAGACGGGCUGGGGGGAGUUCGAGAUCAUCAUCAAGAUCUUCUUCAUUGACCCCAAUGAGAGACCUGUGACUCUGUACCAUCUGUUGAAGCUGUUCCAGUCAGACUCCAGUGCCAUGCCUAAGAAGACCGUUGUCUCUGAAUUUUAUGAUGAAAUGAUCUUCCAGGAUCCUACAGCCAUGAUGCAGCAGCUACUGACUACAUCGAGACAACUCACCCUGGGAGCAUACAAGCAUGAGACAGAAUUCAAUGAGCUGGAGCUGAGGACCAAGGAGAAAAUGGAAACAGCAAAGAAGAGAACCAGCCAGGAGAUAUCAGAGCUGAAAGACAAACUAAAAGCCAGCAGAGAAAACAUCAACAACCUGAAGGCAGAGAUCAGGAAACUGGAGGAGGACGGAGACAACAAGGAGCACUGAGAAAUGGACAAACACAAUCACACACAUAGGUGAUUAAAAAAAACAAGGCAUUGUUGUGACACUCAAUAUCACAUGGCUCAGAGAAGAAAAUAACCAUGAUAUAUCUUAUUGCAGCUCUGAAAAAUCUGAACUUGUGUGUUGUUAUUCUUUAUACACCUCCCAUUUUUGUCUUUUCUACCCAAACAUUGCUGGAUCAGCUGGCUGUGAGGUAGAAUGUUAAAAUAAAUGGCAUUUUCUGCUAUGUUUUUGCAACGUUAAUCUAGUUCAGUCAUCUUGAUGUAAUUGAUCCUGCGUCGAAGCGGGGCUUUUCCUCACAUCCCUGUGAAGUGAACCUGAGCAGAGGUCAGUAUUCACACCUACCUGAUGAGAUAUCCACAGUUUUGAAUGUAAAUAGCUCAUUUGUUGUGUUUUCUUUUACUGAUCUGUCAGUUUUCUAUAUAAAGUAAACGUGUUUACAGUAUUGCCUGUAAACGAUUCUUCUAUUGCAACCCUUUGGGUAAAACAUGAUGGACUACAGGUGUUGCGCUGCAGUCAGUAGUAGCAUACUGCCGGGCGGACAAUUUACACCUAGCAUUGUGCACGACAAUGGCAUAUGUUCUGACACGUUGAAUAGAGCAGAACAGGUUAAACCCUGAUCUUUGAUGCCAAGUGGAGCAGAGUUUGACCUGCUUGUCAAUCCUGAUCCUGUCUAGUCCACAUGGAUAACUAGCUGGAUAUGAAAUUGCUUAAAGGGUUCAGGGGCUCAUAAUAACCUGUCAGCUGUUGCAGUGACUGCAUGAUUGUAUUUUAGUUGAUGUAACCAUGAAGUUUGUACCCACUGAAAUGAAAAGGUUGAAAAGUU